GUAAAAUGUCAAACAACAGUGCAAUAUUGCGGCAAUACACCAGCCGAUGUGGUGUUCAUGCUAGAUAGCUCUAAUUCAAUGUGGGGUCCCCACUUCGUACAGCAACUGGAGUUUGUAAGAAAUGUGACGGCAAUGUUUAAGAUAGGGCACAACGAAACCCAGGUCGGUUUAGCAACGUUUAACGACGAGGUCCAGCUACAGUUCUAUCUCAAUGAAUACACAGACAAGGAUAAGUUGUUACGAGCUAUUCGCAUGGUUCAACAAACACACGGACCCAGCACAGCAACAGACAAGGCAGUCCGCUUUUUGAGAACCCGCUUUUUCCAUGCACGACAUGGCGCUAGAUCCAGUGUGCCACACAUCGCCAUUAUUAUCACAGACGGUCAGAGCGACAACUUGAUGAAAACCUUGAUAGAAGCUACAAAAGCUAAACGAGAGAAUAUCAUUAUCUUCACUGUGGGUGUUGGAAACGCUGUCAACAGCCUGGAGUUGGAACGAAUGGCCAGUAGUCCUUCUCAUGAGUAUGCAUUCAUCGUGGACAGUUUCUCAUUUCUGAACUCGAUCAAGGAAAAGCUAGCGAUCAGAACAUGUCAAGUACAGUCACCUACGACGCAGAUGCCAAAAGCUACAAUUUCUACAACCCGAAUACAAACAACUAUAGCAACACGAGAACCAACAACUUUAACAACACAAAGACCAACAACUGCGGCUAUUACCUUGGCCACCACAACAAGCAGUUCACGAGUCGAAACAACCGAGUUACCGCCAA